AUGGUUGAUGUGUACGAAGAGCUCAAGGCCACGGGGAACACUCCUAUGAUCACGUUGGAGGACUUCGACAAAAAGGCUCGACUCUAUGACCCAAACAAAUCUCUCACAAGGAACUUUGCUGUGCCGUACGUUGAUCUUUACAAGAUGAAGAAAAUGAACGAUAGUCUUUGGGAUAUUCAAGAAUUCGUAGGCAGCAACGGACGUUUCCUUUCCGGAGAUAAAGUGGAGCCAUUCUCACAGGUGACGAUCAAUGGAAUGCAGUUCGACACGGUGCAUGACCCUCACUUCUUCUUGGCCGAGGCGUACGGACCGAACUACAUGACACCAAAGCCGCGAAGAUCCGCAUGA